AUGGCUAGGGAAUCUUCUAUCGCUUUAAAAACUAUUAUGAGCUUUUCGUCCGACGGUCGGCAGAAACAAAGAAUUUCCGAUUUAGAGGACGAAACGCCAUUAAUUCAAAACGAAGAUUACGCAGAGGAUAGUUCAUCAUCAUCUUCACAACUUUUACCACGACACCGACGACAUCAAGCAUCACAAACACAUAUCAAUAUGGGAAGAGUACCGCAACCAAAGUCACGGAUUAUAUCAUUUCAUGCAUCAGACAAAGUGAAAGACAAGUAUCCACCAAAUGUAGUCCGCAAUCAGAAAUAUAGUCUCAUAACAUUCUUUCCGUUGGUGUUUUACGAGCAAUUUCAUGUAUUUAUUAAUUUAUACUUCCUUCUUGUGGCACUAUCCCAAUUCAUUCCUCCCUUGAAAAUUGGGUACAUCAUAACAUAUUUUGGACCAUUAUGUUUUGUGCUCGUUAUCACAAUGGGAAAAGAAGCCUAUGAUGAUUGGAAAAGAUACAAAAGAGAUCAAGAAAAUAAUUCUCGAAAAUAUCAGAUAUUGACGAGAGAUGGGCUAAAAAACGUCCCCAGUUCCCGGUUACGAGUUGGAGAUUUGGUUUUUAUUCACAAGGAUCAAAGAGUUCCUGCUGAUGUCGUUCUACUCAGAACCACGGAACCAAGUGGGUCAUGCUUUAUUCGAACGGAUCAACUGGAUGGUGAGACUGACUGGAAAUUAAGGAUUGCUGUACCAAUCUGUCAAAAGUUACCUUCCGAUCCCAGUUUACUUUCCCUUGACGCUGAAAUAUAUGCUGAUGCUCCUCACAAGGAUAUCCAUGGUUUUAUAGGCAACUUCAGUAAACAGAUGCCAGGCAAUAUUACUCCCCAGGUAGAAGCACUCAAUGUGGAGAAUACUUUGUGGAUGAACACUGUGCUUGCUUCUGGUACUGCGAUUGGAUUCGUUAUAUAUACUGGAAAGGAUACUCGAGCAGUGAUGAAUACCAGUCAUCCUUCAACAAAGGUUGGAUUAAUAGAUCAUGAAAUAAAUAAUCUUUCCAAGAUUCUAUUCUUAGUAACCUUUCUAUUGUCUUUUCUGAUGAUCGCGUUGAAUGGAUUUCGUGGGCUUUGGUAUAUUUAUUUAUUCCGAUUCUUAAUUAUAUUUUCUUCAAUCAUCCCUAUUAGUCUUCGCGUGAAUUUGGACAUGGGGAAGACAGUUUAUGCAUAUCAAAUUAUGAAUGAUAAGAAAAUACCAGAUACUAUCGUUCGUACAAGUACUAUUCCCGAGGAGCUCGGGCGGAUAGAAUACUUUUUAUCUGAUAAGACGGGAACUCUCACAAAAAAUGAUAUGGAGCUUAAAAAGCUUCAUAUGGGAACAAUGUCAUAUGGCGUUGAAUCCAUAGACGAUCUUUCGGAGCAACUCGCUACGGCGCUUCAACAGGCAAAAGAUUCAAGUGGUCGUGCUCCUCAUGGAAAAAGUCGACGAGAUAUGACUUCUAGAGUAAGAGAUAUAGUGCUUGCAUUAGCAUUGUGUCAUAACGUCACCCCGGUAUUUGAGGAAGGAGAGGAGCCAGCUUAUCAAGCGUCGUCGCCUGACGAAGUCGCUAUUGUUCGAUGGACUGAACGAGUGGGAUUAACAUUGGUGUUCCGAGACAUAAACGAAAUACAUCUCCGAACGAAAAAUGACGACAUUCUCGAAUUUCAAAUCCUUCUGACAUUCCCAUUCACCAGUGAGUCUAAGAGAAUGGGCAUAGUAGUAAGAGACAAGGCCACAAAUGAGAUAAUGUUCUAUCAAAAGGGUGCAGACGUGGUGAUGAGUAGAAUUGUCAUGUAUAACGAUUGGCUGGACGAGGAAUGUGGAAAUAUGGCAAGAGAGGGGUUGAGGACUUUGGUUAUUGCUCGAAAGAAAUUAUCAGAAGAAGUGUAUAAUGAUUUUACGGAGAAAUAUGGGCAGGCAAAAUUAAGCGUUUCCGAUCGCAAAGCACAAGAAUCUGCUGUUGUUUCUAACAUUUUGGAAAAAGAAUUGGAACUUUUGGGAGUUACCGGAGUCGAAGAUAAGCUUCAGGAUGGCGUGCGAAAUACUCUCGAGCAGUUGAGAGCAGCCGGUCUCAAAAUAUGGAUGUUAACUGGAGAUAAAAUUGAGACCGCAACAUGUAUCGCGGUUUCUUCGAAAUUAGUAUCUAGGGGUCAAAGAAUUCAUCAAAUAUCGCAAAUUAAAGAUUCAGAAGAAGCUGUUGAAAUGCUGGAUAUUUUGCAAAGCAAAAAUGAUUGUUGUUUGGUGAUUGACGGGACUUCGCUUCAGUUUUACAUUGAUCAUUUUAAAAAUGAAUUCAUUGAAAUUGCUGUACGGUUGCCCGUUGUGGUCGCCUGCCGCUGCUCGCCGACACAAAAGGCUGAUGUUACGCGUCUAAUUAUGGACUUCACAAAGAAGAGGGUGUGUUGUAUAGGCGAUGGUGGUAAUGAUGUCAGUAUGAUUCAAGCAGCACACGUUGGCAUAGGAAUAGUGGGCAAAGAAGGUAAACAGGCUUCGUUGGCGGCAGACUUUUCGAUUACACAGUUCAGCUAUGUCCUUAGACUAUUGCUAUGGCAUGGAAGAAAUAGUUAUCAUCGUUCCGCAAAACUUGCCCAAUUCAUUAUCCAUCGCGGCCUUAUAAUAUCGAUUAUACAGGCUGUAUUUUCGGCAUUGUUCUUUUUCGCACCAAUCGCCCUUUAUCAGGGACUUUUGAUUGUAGGAUAUUCUACUUUAUAUACGAUGGCUCCUGUAUUUUCAUUAGUAUUGGAUCAGGAUGUGUCCGAAAAUAUAGCCCUUGGAUUUCCAAUAUUAUACAUAGAAUUGACAAAGGGACGUUCUUUAUCACUAAGAGUAUUCUUUGAAUGGUUAAUGAUUAGUGUUUAUCAAGGUGGUGCUAUCAUGAUUAUGUCGAUAAUAUUAUUCGAAGAUGAGUUCGUCAACAUUGUGUCGAUUUCAUUCACUGCGUUAAUUCUAAAUGAGUUAAUAAUGGUUGCGCUGGAGAUCAACACUUGGCACUAUCUUAUGAUUUUGUCUGAGAUUGUUACGCUGGCGAUUUACAUUGUAUCGAUGGCGUUCUUGCCAACUUACUUUGACCUGUCAUUCAUUUUGACAGAUACUUUUGUCUGGAAAGUAGCAGCAAUAACGGCAGUCAGUAGUAUACCUUUAUAUAUAGUGAAACUGAUAAAAAGAUAUUGGUUCAUUAAGACAUAUGAAAAAUU